AUGGCUAUUCAAUCUCUCUACAGAGUUGUCGCUGUCUUUCCCUUCCGUAGUAGCUUUACGGAUGACUUGGAAUUUGAUCCAGGUCAAGUAAUUGACGUCUUAACCCAAUAUGAAGACGGUUGGUUAUUUGGUACUUAUGUAGAUGCUGAUGGUGUUCCUAAACAAGGCAGUUUUCCAAGUACUUUUACUCAAGUGGAAUAA